GUCCUUCUUGUUUUGCGCAUGCCCAGUUGGCCACCUGCACAGAGGACAAGCCACGAGCAACAAAGCGAAAACAUUGGGCUGCAGUGAAGAGCAGCCCCCUUUCCUGUCAAAAAAAAAAACAAAAAACCCACUCCUCUCUUGAUGCAGUGUUUUGAUGUCCAUAUCACCAGAAUUUUUACAUCAACCUGAUUCAGACAAAUGAUGACUCAUGCAGCCUUAUUUCCAUCCACAGUUAUGUUCCCACAGAGCAUGCACUUACUUGCUCAAUGUGUAAUUUAAAAGAGAACCAGCAUAGUCUUUUGAAAUGGAUAACCUCAUCGAUUUUGAGAUGCCAUCUGUGGCUACAACUCUUAAUGUGGCAAGAGAAACCCCCUACGGCCAUUCAGAAUCUUUGUCUCCUGAGCACCCGUCCUCGUUGCCCAUAGCACCCACGACAUCCAUCUUGCAUCACCAUGAUAAAGAUGAUGAGGAAAACCAAAGUGAUGCAACGGAGUCUGCAGACAGUGAGAACGACAUAGAUCCACGCAUUACUGGGUGGAAGGAGAGACGCUCUUCAUCCUCAUCUGUUCACAGUACUGAAGACACUGAUGCUGAGGCCUUUGUUAGAAAGGAGUUCAUGAAGGCGUAUGUGGAGAAAGUGUUUCAUGGAAGGCAUGACUUGGACCAAGAGGAAAGGGCUCUUUUUGGAGAGAUGUGCACUGGGAAGAAUGGCAAAGGCAGGGAAUGGUUUGCUAAAUACGUUAGUGCACAGCGCUGCCACUCCAAAUGUGUGAGUGAAGCUACCUUCUACCGACUGGUGCAGUCAUUUGCGGUUGUGCUAUUUGAAUGUUACCAAAUGGAUGACUACAGCCCAGCCAAAAACCUUAUGACUAUGUGCUUUACAUACUACUAUAUUGGAAAGUCCCAGCCGUCUCCUUCUGAGCUCCUUCAUCGAGGUGGUCCUCCAGCUGGUAUGGACUCAUACUUAAACAAAGCCAACUCCUGGCUCUCUGGUAAGAAGGACGCUGCUGAGCGCCUACUUAAAAAUUCAUCGAAGACUGACCUCAAAGGAUUUUUUGGAGGCCUCGAAAGCAAACUUAGAAGCUCAAUAACUCAGAAGACAGAGGAGGGUGAAAAUCCAGUUGAGCCUAAACCUAAAUCACCAGUGUCAGAGGCACCAGAGGAAAAGAAGGGAGAAAAGGUUUACUUGUACACCCACCUGAAGCAGCAACCUAUCUGGCACACGUUGCGAUUUUGGAACGCUGCUUUUUUUGAUGCAGUUCAUUGUGAGAGGAAAAAGAGGUCACCAACAACAAGGGGAACGCAAGAUGGAGAGAAAGAUAAGAGGGAGAAGUGGUGUCACAUGACCCAGGAGGAAAGGGAUGACACCUCCAAAAUGGAUGAGAACAUUGCCUUUGGCCAGCUGGGGACAUUUACUCACAACAUGCUGGCAUUUGGACUCAGUAAACAAUUGUGCAAUGAUUUUCUGGAAAAGCAGGCUGUCAUUGGAAACCUGAAUAAAGAACAGUCCAAGUUGUUAAACGACCAUAUUGAGAAAAUGGCAACAAAGUGAGUGUCAGGACAACGUGUUGAAUUUCUUCACAUGAGCCCUGCCUCAUCACUGUCAAGUGGCAUUUAAAAACCCAUUACUGUAACGAACUACUGUAUGUCAUAGUUGUAGCAAAGCCUGUCCGUCCAGUUUGGUUGCGCUCACCUAAGCGCACCCUGCCUCAGUAAUAAUACAUCAGCUGGUUCAGCUUCAAUGUACAGUGUAACAAGUCUUUGUGUGAGAUGAAAAUCUUUUCUGCUUCUGUGUUGCAACUAUACAGCUCAGCAUAGGUUUAGAAUACAGUGCAAUAACCUCGAAUAAGUGUUUUCAUCUGCUACCCCCAAUGAGUGAGUGUAUUUUUCCCUUCAUGAGCUUUCCAUAGCACUGACUGCCAAGUUCAGGGAUUGCUUUGACAAAAAUAAUGUACUGUACUUGUCUGAGUGGCAUUUAAAGGAGAGGAAAGUUUGGUCUGAAAAGCAUCCCUCCAUUCAUACAUUUGUGAUUGAAGUGUGCCAAUUUUAAAAAUGAAUCUCAUUCAGUCUGGAUCAAUGGCCACAGUAAAGUUGGCAAACAAAAAACGAAAAAAAAGAUAAUCAGUUCAGUCAUCUACUUUUUACAAAUUGUCUGACUGCAUUUGUGUUACAAAGUGAGAUCUGACCGUUACAACAGUUAGGCUUCAAUUACAAGCCUAGUAAAAUUGCAGUCAUUGUAGAUCAUAAUCAUGUUUAAGGUGUUUUGGGCUUAUGCUAAAACUAAACAUUUAAUAUGAUGGGAGGUCUUUUUUUAGAGAAAAUGAGAGAGAGAAUCUCAUCUUGUUUAACGGAGUUAUAAUUUGAUGAGAAUAAAUUGGUAAUAUUACGGAAGAUAAAAGUUGCCCUGCAUUAGGAUGGCAUUGUCAAAAAUUGUGUUUAUUUGUUUUUUUAUAGUUUCUUUGUGUGAGUCAUCAUCAUUAGGAAUUGUUCUACACAUUUCAUAGUAUUACCCAUUGAAAAUCAUGAGUAAAAAGAUUUGGCCUGCUGGUCCCUUAGACUGUUUUGGAUUAUGUUGGAAUUUUGACAUUUACUUUUCAUGCUAACAUUUGCUCAGUUUUAUUCAAUUAGGACAAAAAAAAAAAAACAACCACAUAUGGAACAAAUCUUGUAACACAAUUAAUAAUGGUAAAUUAAAACAUUUUAAAAAUGCAACUAUUCUCAUAAGAUUCCACUUUACUCUAUAAACCAUGACUUUUUUUCACUCUCGCCCUAAUACAACUUUGAAAGCCAUAAAAUGUAAUGGAAGACUAGCUAAACUUUCUGCUUAGCUGAUGUCUUUACUAAAUGAUCACAACUCUUUAAAAAGUGUGGAAAAUAUUAAAAAGUAAAAAAAGAAAAUGGUCUUGUGUAAUUCCACAAGAAAUGCAUCACCAAAAAGGAUCCCUUUAAAGAUUUUCCUUGAAUAUCUCUAUUUUGUCUAUUUCUUUGUAUUUUGUUAUUCAUGCAUGUAAUUGGACAAACAAGUCUUGAUAAGUGUUGAUUUAAGAAGAGCGACUGAAAAACUUUGUGCCAACUACUCUACUGCAAAAGCAAUUGUCUUGACUGGAAGCCCAGUACAGUAUGUACUUUUGAAUGCUUGUUAAUAUUUGAGGGUAGCAAAUCAUUUGUCGUAAGUAAUUCUGAUAAGGUCAUUAUGCAAAAUAUAGUGGGCAUUUUAUCAUCUCUGUCAGGUUUUAUCAUGUCCUACGUUGUGUGAAUUAUUCACGUAUAGUUGUACAUGUGGUCAUGCUCCAUUAAGAGUAUUACUGUGAAUGUUGCUGAUGUCCAAACUAAAAACAUUGUUGUACAAGAUCAUUUCAAAUGCUGAUUUUUCACAGUCGUUGUUGUUCAACGAAUGAAUGCGUGUCUUUACAAUGUGUUGCACAUCCUUGACAGAAUCCUAUUCAGGUUCUCUCCCGGUUCCACUGUUUUAUAUGAUUUUUAAUCAUGUCACUUUUUUUGCUCAAAUGUCAGCCACUUUAAAACAAGAAUCAUAAUAUGGAAAGCAUUUUUUUUGUCUUCGUCUUCUGGUGGGAGAUUGAGUACUUUCUGUAUCUGGCAGCUUUAGAUCUUUUUUUUUUUUUUUUACAUUUUUUUGUUUUCAUCACAAUAUCCAUGUUGAUAUGGUGUUUGUAUCUAUAUACUGGAGUCUACCUGUACACUACAUACAGUAAUACCCAGCCUUUAUAUUCGAUACCCGUUUCAGGAAUCAAACCAGUUUCUCCUGAAUCCUAAAGCCUUGUUCUGUUCCUACAGUACUUUUCAAACUGGUAUGCUGUGAAUUAAGUAAGCAUGUUUAUUGGUGUUUAGAAUGUGGUGCUGUCGCUCAGAGCACUGCUUACUAUUUUUAGUUCAAAGGAAAAAAAAUGAUUGGAUAUAGAAUUCAUGAGAUUGGCACUCACAGCGGAGAACACAAACUUAAUAUUUCAAACUGACUGACUUGCAGCUCCUGAGUUAUCAGACAUUUGUUCAGAUAUACAUAUUGUUUUGUUGAAAGUUUUAUAUGCAUGGACAUGUCGUUGUUGAAUGCGGCUGCUAUAAUAAAUGUAUUUUUAUGGUGAA